AUGCCGCCGCGCCAGGCGUUUGCGUCGCAGAACCUGCGGUGCUGCACGCUCAUCGGGCAUGUAGAUCAUGGCAAGUCGUCGUAUGCCGACUCUCUGCUUGCUGCGAACGGGAUCAUCUCGUCGCGCGCGGCCGGCCAGAUCCGGUACCUCGACAGCCGCGAAGACGAGCAGGAGCGGGGCAUCACCAUGGAAGCCAGCGCUGUCUCGCUCACAUUCAAGCUGCGCCAGCGGCAGGAGGACGGGAGUGUAGGCCAGAUCGAGGACUAUACGCUCAAUCUCAUUGAUACACCCGGCCACGUCGAUUUUUCGUCCGAGGUGUCGACGGCGGCGCGCCUGUGUGAUGGCGCGCUGGUCAUUGUCGAUGUCGUCGAGGGCGUGUGCACGCAGACGGUCUCGGUACUUCGCCAGGCGUGGCUUGAUGGGCUGCGCACCGUGCUCGUGGUGAACAAGAUGGACCGCCUGAUCACCGAGCUGAAGCUCACGCCCACCGAGGCGCACCACCGCGUGCUGCAGCUGGUCGAGCAGGUCAAUGCGGUCAUCGGUGGCUUUUACGCUGCAGAGCGCAUGGAGCAGGACCAGCGCGGACAGGACGCGCCGGAAGACGACGAGCUGUACUUUGAUCCGCCGCGCGGCAACGUGAUUUUUGCGAGCGCCAUCGACCAGUGGGCCUUCCGACUGGAGCGCUUCUCGACCAUGUACGCCCAAAAGCUUGGGAUCAGUGAGAGCCACAUCCGCGGCUUCCUGUGGGGGCACUACUACCUCGAUCCCAAGACCAAACGCGUGCUCACCAAGAAGCAGCACGACAAGGACAAGCGCAACCUGAAACCCAUGUUUGUGCAGUUUGUCCUCGACAAUAUCUGGAGCGUGUACCAGCACACGGUCAUCGAGCGGAAUCAGGAGCGGAUCGACAAGAUCAUCGCGACGCUCGGCCUCUCGAUCCACGCACGCGACCUGCGGUCGAAGGAGCCCGCGACGCUCAUGCAGGCGAUCCUGAGCCAGUGGCUCCCGCUCUCCGCGUGCACGUUUGCCGCGGUCGUGCGGUGCCUCCCGGCGCCGAGUGAAGCGCAGCGCGAGCGUGUGCCGCGCAUGAUCCGCCCGGAUCUCAGCUUCUUUGCGUCGCAGGACGAACUGGCCCCGACCAACGACCUGGAGCGCGACCUGUUCGAGUCGCGCUCCGGCCCGGACGCAUACACGGUCGCCUAUGUGAGCAAGAUGUUUGCGGUGCGCCACGAGGACAUGCCUGAGAACAAGCGUGUGCAGCUCACGGCGGAGCAGAUGCGCGAGCGCGGUCGGCUCCGGCGCGAGGCGAUGGCGUCGACGGGUGCCGAGGCUGCGCCGACCACGGACGAGGCACCUGCUCCGCCUGCUGACGAUGCGGACGAGCCGUGUGAGGUCCUGCUUGGCUUUGCGCGCCUAUACAGUGGCCAGCUGCGCGUGGGCGAUACGCUGUACGCCCUACUGCCCAAGUACGACCCGUCCCUCGGUCUCCACGAUGCGGCCAACGCGCCGUUCGUACGCGAGGUGCGCAUGACGCAUCUGUACAUGAUGAUGGGCCGCGACCUGCUGGCAGUGCAGCGGGUGCCGGCCGGCAAUGUGUUCGCGGUGCGAGGUCUCGACGGAGCUGUCCUGCGCAACGGUACCCUGCUACGAGCCCCCGGUGGGGAUGCACCGACACUCACGGUGAACUUGGCCGGCGUGCGCAACACGACCGCGCCCAUGGUGCGUGUCGCGCUGGAGCCGCGCCAUGCCGCGGAUAUGCCGCGCCUGGCUGAGGGUCUCCAGCUGCUGAACCAGGCCGAUCCGUGCGUCCAAGUUGUGGUGCAGGACAAUGGCGAGCACUGCCUCGUGGCGGCGGGUGAGCUGCACCUCGAGCGGUGCCUGCGGGACUUGCGCGAGCGCUUCGCGCGGUGUGACAUCCAGGUGUCGCCUCCCCUCGUUCCGUUCCGCGAGACAUGCGUCAAGGCCGCCGAUAUGGCGCCGCCCAAGACGAGCGGUGCGCCGCGCGGUACGGUGCACGGAACAGCGCUGCAGGGCGCCGUGCACUUUACGCUGCGCGUCGUGCCCCUGCCCCAGCGCGCCACUGACUUCCUCGUGGUGAAUGGCCCGACGAUCCGCCGCCUGCAGCGCCGGGGGCGCCGCGACGACGACGACGACGACGACGUGGAGCCCGUGCAACCGCAGGACCAUGACGACGAGGAGGUCCGUCGCGUGCCUGCGAGCCAGUUCCACGAUGCGUGGCGGAGCGUGCUGCAGCAGGCGGGGGGCGAGUGGCCCGGCCUGGCGGACGCCGUGUGUGCGUGGGGCCCGAAGCACGUGGGUCCGAACGUGCUGCUGGACCCUGCGCAGGUGCUGCGACGCGUGCGAGCGCCGGACGCGGACGCCGGCAGCGAGGCGCGCGGCGAACGGGAGCUGAGCGAUGCGAUCGAGGCGGGCUUCCAGCUCGCGAUGGGCGCUGGCCCGCUGUGUGCGGAGCCAGUGCAGGGCCUGGCUGUGUGUGUCGAGGACGUGCACGUCGACGAGGCGCGGCUGGGCGAUGCGCGCACGAAGCUAUCGCAGCUUGCGUCGACGCUGAUCUCGAGCGUGCGCGAGGCGUGUCGACAGGGCCUGCUGGACUGGUCGCCCCGCCUGAUGCUCGCCAUGUACGCAUGUGAUAUCCAGACGCCACAAAUGUGGAAGCGCACAUCUGGCGCGGCCAGUGCGCAGCUGACCAUGGCCGGGUUCCGCCUGUACGACCAGGAUCCGUUCUGGGUGCCCCGCACCGACGAGGAGCUGGAGGAUCUUGGCGAAAAGGGCGACCGCGACAACACGGCCAAGCGCUACAUGAACCUCGUGCGCAAACGCAAGGGCUUGCGCACCGAUCAGCGCCUGGUGGUGUCCGCUGAGAAGCAGCGCACGCUCAAGUCGACAUAG